CCUCCGCGGCGGCAGUGGCGCGUGCGCACGAUUUGACGGUUUCUUUGCGGAAAUUUUUAUGUCAAACUCAGUGUUGUGUUUUUGAAUUGGACUGUUAUCGAUUUUUGGAUGUUACGAUUUCUUGUGUGAUGGGUUCAAAUGUGCUGGUAUGAGACCAAGUGGACUGAGCGUCGCAAGAUGAUCCCAGCAGUGACGUCGUUAUGACCAGCGCAAUGGCUCCGCGGAUAUUGAUAGUGCUGUUGGCUAUAGUCUUCGCGAGGAGAGCAAUAUGUUGCAACUUUUAUCCUGUAGGCGAAUACCUGAAAUUCGUCAGGAUACCAGAGAACCUCAAGGUUGGAGAUGAGGUUCUGAAGGUGGAAGUGCAUCCAAGGAAGAACCUGAGCCUGCAGCCGGUGGACCGAGAGGAGGACGCGCACCUGUUCACGUACCGUGAUGUCAACCGCACGCACGUGGCCGUGGUGCUGGCGCAGAGCGUGGACGCACUGGUGGACAGCGACACGCCGCAAAACGUCGUCAAGUUCCGCCUCGGCUGCGACUUCGACACCGGCGACGACCUGAUCUCAGCGUACCUCUCAGUGACGGUGUACAUCGAGGACGUCAACGACAACGUGCCUCAGUUCCUGGACACCCCCUACCGCAUCACAGUCGAUGAACUUACGCCUACAGGACUAACAAUCUACAAGGGCAUCCGCGCCUUCGACCGCGACAAGCCAAAUACACCCAACUCCGACAUCCAGUACAGCAUCACGUCCGGAGACCCUGAGGGCCACUUCGCCUUGGAGAGCUCCCACAAACCAUCGCUAGUGCUGAGAAAGCCACUGGACUACGAUGCUGGUGACAAGGAGUUCACGCUUGGUAUCACGGCUUCAGACCGUGGUUCGCCGCCUCGAAGUUCGAACACAACCGUGCACAUCAUUGUGCAAGAUAACGAUGACCUGCCUCCAAAGUUCACUCAGGAUGCGUACAAAACUCAAAUACCCGAGUUUUAUCCCAUUUUGGGCAAGCGUAUCCACCAAGAGCUGCUAUUUCCAGAGCCGAUCCACGCGUACGAUCAGGAUCUAGGUGUGAACGCGCCACUCCGCUACGAGCUGAUCUCUGGCAACGAGAGGAAGCUGUUCACACUGGACCAGCUCAACGGGACUAUGUUCUUGGAGAAAGAGAUCGAUUUGGAUAUAGAAGUGGGGUUACCUGGAAACACAUUUGUGCUUCAAAUUCAAGCAGCUCAAGUCGACAAUCCUUUGAAGACAGCUCAAGCCCGAGUGGAAGUAGAAAUAAUAGACUUGAACGACAAUUUACCUGAGUUUGAAGUUGAUUUCUACAACAUUAGCAUCGUGGAAAACUUGCCAAAUGGAUUUAGCGUUCUACAAGUCAUGGCCUCUGAUAGAGAUCAAGGUGAUAAUGGAGAAUUCACAUAUCAAUUGAGCGAUGCUGAAGGUGCAUUUUCAAUAGACCCUAGAUCUGGAUGGCUCACUGUUAGGAAUCAGUCUGUUUUAGAUAGAGAAAAACAUUCAUCUCUGAGAAUGAAAGUAUACGCCAAGGAAAAGAAUCCAAGCGUUGUAGGUACUUUUUUAGACAAGCAACGCUUAUCAAAAUGGCGACGAAAUCCUUCAACCUCCAGACCACCUUACAAAGAUAAAACGACUUACGUGUUUCCUGAUAAAAUAAAUACCAGGAAUGAAAACAUUGAGUACUUUGAAGAUAUCCAUCAACUAAUGUCAUUUGUUACUGUUGAAGUAACUUUGCUAGACGCUAAUGACAAUAAUCCUGUAUUUGUUCCUAGUAAUUUAUACGAAUUCGCAAUAAAAUCUAAUUCUAAGCCGGGCACAUUCAUUGGGAAAGUUAAAGCAGUUGAUCCAGAUCUUGGAAGAAAUGGAAUAGUUUUAUACGAUUUGCAAAGGACAAGUAAUUUAACAAUAACUUCGCCAUUUCAAGUAGAUCCUCAGACAGGGGCUAUCUCGGUAGCAGAGUCUCCAAUAGUUGAGGGCAGACAUGCUUUAUUCAUUGAGGCAUCGGAUCAACCCGCCAAUCCAAGUGAAAGAAGAUACUCGUUAGCUGUUAUUACUAUCGAUGUCACUAGAGCUACCAAAGGUAAUAGACCGGACAGGCCUGAUUUUGUCGGAGCUCCUUAUGAGUUCUGGGUUGGCUCUAACGUUGGAAUUGGAACAAGUGUGGGCCAAAUAAGAAUUAAUGAAGCAAUGAACAAAAAUGAUGUUUCUUACGACCUAUUACAUAGUUAUGAAGAAGGAGUACCAUUCGCCGUUGAGGAAAAAUCUGGAGUCAUAACUGUAAUAGAUGAACUUUCGAAUUUCAAUCGACCUUUAUAUGAUUUUGAAGCGGUAGCUUUACAAGAGAAUGCAAACAUAUCAAUAUCCACUAACACUACGAUUCAUGUUGUUGACGUAAAAGACGAGAGAGGUGUUUUAUUGAAGGGUGCGCAUUCACCACUUGUGUUCCACGUCAAAGAAAAUAUUGCUGGCGCGACCAUUGGACAAAUAUUUCAUGUCAAUAUAAGCGCACUUCCAGUGAAUAGUACAGGAAAUAUUCGAUUUAUCAUCGCAAAUCAACAAGAUGUAACAGACGAUAUAGCCAUUGGUCAGGAUGGCACGAUUUUUGCCCAAAAACCUUUGGACCGAGAAAGACGAGACACGUAUCGAAUGACUGUUAUUGCUGAAUUCAACAAAGGAGUGAUAUCUGGCGCUGGUAUCUAUCAAGUUACGAUACACGUUGAUGAUGAUAACGAUAAUCCUCCAGUAUUUGAGAUGCCUGUUUAUGAAGGAUUUAUCAAAGAAAAUUCAAAGAGAGGAACAGAAGUAAAAACAAGUAAUAAGAUAAAAGCUACUGAUGCAGAUGAGGGCCUUAAUGCGCAAUUUAUGUACACUCUAUUUGGAGAUGGGCAUGAAUUAUUUAGUGUCGAUGAAAAAACUGGAAUUGUGACCUUCAUCGGAAAUAAAUUAGACCGGGAAGAAAAAAGCAUGUACCUCUUGAAAAUUGCAGCCAGAGAUAAAGGAGGGCUCAAUUCAGAGGCUAAAUUAACAAUUACGAUAGUAGAUGAGAAUGACAAUGAGCCAGUAUUUAAUCAAAUCAUAAUACCACUGGGAGAAAAUGUAGAGUUAUUAGAAGCAGAUGAUAAACACAAAGUGAAAAUUUAUCGUGAAAAGAAAAACGAUCUAACGGGCAUAAUAACAAAUACAGAAUUAAAACCAAAAAAUAAAUUUGCUUUUAAUGUCAGCGAGUUGGGUCCAUUAUUUUUGGUGCCAGAAAAUGUAGCUAUCGGUUCAACAAUUUUGAAAUUGAACGCCAUUGAUAUGGAUAGUGGUACUAAUGGUCAAGUGAGAUAUGAAUUUGUUUCGGAAGUUUUUAUACCUCCACAUGCAUUAACUCCUCAUAUGAUGCAAAUCAAAAGAUACUUUGUUAUUAACGAAAGACACGGUCAUAUUAUUGUAGCACGAUCUUUGCCUCCUGAAUCGGAAUUUAGACUUAAUCUGUUGGCUAUAGACGGAGGAGAAUUGAAUGACAAGCUUUCAGUCAGAGUCUUUGUCAAAGAUGUUAAUGAUCACUAUCCUAUGUUCAAAAAAUCAUGGUACACAUUUAAUGUGGAGGAAGCUCAAUAUUCAAGAAGAGUUCUAGGAAAAGUAGAUGCUACUGAUGCUGACUUCGGCCAAAAUGCGAAUCUGACAUAUUUUAUUCAACCUUCAAGUAAAGAACUUCCAUUUGAAAUUUCACCUCUUACUGGGGUUUUUAGUGUUAAUGGCGAGCUUGAUAGAGAAAAAGAAGACAAAUACAUUUUAACAGUUGUAGCAAGAGACAAUGGUCAGGACAAAAAGUCUUCAUCAGUUAGCGUCGAAAUACAAGUAUUAGAUGUAAAUGAUAAUGCACCUAAAUUUUUCGGCUACGAUGACAUUCUGCAAUGGAAACAUCCAGAGGCAGGUGAACUUUCAAAUCACAAUUUUGAAUCAGUUUUAAUGAUACCAGUUUACAAAGCGGUACUGCCAGAAAAUGCACCGAUCGGUACUGUAGUUACUAAAGUAUACGCCAAUGAUUCCGAUUUUAUUGGCAAUGGAAAUGGUCUUAUUCUUUAUAGUUUGCCACAGAAGAAGAAUCAACUUAAUCUUUUUGCCAUUGACUCAAAAGAAGGAAUCAUAACAACAACAGGAAGAUUAGAUUAUGAAACACAAUCAAUGCACAAUGUGACGGUAGUUGCUUCGGAUUUAGGGUCACCUAGUUUAAGUUCAACAGCGAUGUUAUUGUUGACUGUCACUGACGUGCCCGACGAAAUUGAAGUUUCAGACAAGCCAGUAUUUAUUUCACGUUAUUAUGAACUGGAAAUAGAAGAAAACGUUCAAACUCCUAUCGAAUUAGUAACACUAAAUCUUACAGAACAUUAUGAGACCUUCAAAAUGAAAUAUUUUAUUUUAAAUGAAAACGACACGGAUAUAAAAAGAACAUUCAUAAUUGAUCCAAAGAAUGGUACUUUGUAUAUGAUAAAAAGCCCAGAUAGGGAAACAAGAGACGUAUACGAAGUCAUAGUGCGAGCUGAAAGACAGAAAAUUAGUAGAGAAUUGCCUCAUAUGAUAUAUCCAGUACCUGACGAUGUUCUUGAAGGAAUGACGAAAUUUGAUGUUAAAGUAAUAGUAAGAAUAAGGGAUGUGAAUGAUAAUGCGCCUAAAUUCAUAAACGGUGGCCGACCGCUGGUAACGGCGAUAACAACUACUGCACCGUUUGGCUAUCAAGUUAUUCAGUUACAGGCAACCGAUGCAGACUCAGGGAUAAACGCUGACAUCCGCUACCAGAUUAUCAACGAACAAGCCCCUCGUUUCGCCAUUGACCACGUGACCGGUCGCGUGAGAGUGGUGGGUUCUCUAAUAAGAGAUUCCGGUAGAGUCUUCGGGUUCGACGUCAAAGCCACUGACAAACGCGGGGCUGAUGACGGGAAGUCAGCAAUCGCCAAUGUUUUUGUGUACGUUUUGGAUGAAAACAAACAACUGGUAUUAGUAGUUGCUGCGAAACCAAUGGAGGUUGAAAAGGAAAUAUCGAAUAUUACGCGGUACCUGACCAAAAUGACCGGUUUUGACAUUAGAGUGAGAAGGCUGGAAGCUAACACAAAGGCUUCGAUGGAUGGAUAUGCGACUGAUAUUUACUUGUACGCUGUGGACCCCAUGUCAAACGCCAUUAUUGACAUGGAAGUUCUUCAAAAAUCGCUGCUGAAGCGCGAGGUGGACCUCCGUCACGAGCUGGCCGGCUUCCGAGUGCUGGAGGUGGGCGACACGGCCAUGGUUUCCGCGCGAAGCGGCCGCCUGCUUAGCACCAUGGAGAUCAGCGUGGUCGCGCUCGGCUGCAUCGUGUUUGUUGGCGCCUGCACGACAGCCGUCUGCGUGCUGUGCGUCAGGAAGACUAGGAGAAAACAUCACAAACCAUAUUCCCAGCAACGUCUUAAUGCUUUCUCCACUGAGCACCUUACUAAAUACGGCGGUCUUUUCCCGUCGGGUGGCAACCAGUGCCAGGAGUUGAAUCAGUCCUAUAGCGAGGGCGACUCGUACAUAGACGUGAUCAACCACAACGCGGCCAAGAAGAUAUGUCCGCACGGGAACACGGUGGAGGAGUUCGGGAAGGCGCACCAGAAGUGCGUCAAGGGCCAGUUCGGGGACCACACGUCGGAGUUCAACCAGAAGCACGAGCGGAUGUGCAUCAAGUUCAACCAGCGACCUUUGCAAAAGAGGAAGGGGCAGGACACGUCGAUAACGUCCGUGAAUUCCAGCGGCCAGGACUCCGGCAUCGCCGAGGCGCGCUGCCCCUGCGGCCAGUCCAGCGUCCACACCUCCGAGGAGAGCAGCGGUUGCAGCUACGAGGACUCUCUGAAGUCCAACCACAACCAAGAAGGGCGCAAGGCGUACCACAGGGAGGAGCCGACGUUCCACCGCCGCGCGUCCUUCGGGCACCAGCCGCUCGACCCGCGGCACCUCCACCACCGGCGGCAGUCCUUCUCCGAGAACAUGCAGCGCCACUUCCCGCCCCACGAGAGGAUAUCCACUGGCGGGAUAACCAGGCAGAUAUCCACGCCCAAUGUGUCCAACAUUGGCCAGCCAUACUUCGUCACCAACAAGAAGAGUUUGCGACGAAACGAGGUCUUGACCGAACCGAUGAUCGACUACGAUCACAGCGAAGGUGAGGAUGUCUUUGACACGAGGAUAGAUAGGAGGCCGAGUAAGAGCCACAAGAGAGGGAAGUUUAUGGAGAUAGGAGGGCAAGCGGCCGUGUUUGUGGCGACUCCCGCGGCGGCUGAAAUCAUGAGGAGGCAGGGAAGUGAGAGACUAAUGUUUGCCCGACCUUUGUAGUGCUCGACUUAGUGAAAAUUAAGACUUUGAAAAAUGAAGUUUAGCCAAACUGACUUUCACGUUGUGUUGACAAUAACAUUCUAGCAAAAUGUUAAUUGAACAAAACUUAUUUUUGUACAAUCGUAUCUAGGUAGGUAAUUUACCUAGGUUACUUUACAGUUUAUCGCUAUUAUUAUAAAAUGUGAUAAACAUUAUUUUUCAAAACGACCAGUUUUAAAAUUGGUUACCAAAUUGUAACUUAAUUUUAGUUUACUAGUAAUAAUUUGUGAAUAGCUAAUAUGUACACAUUGUAAAUAGGACUGUAGAUAUUCUUAAAAAUUAGGGUAAAAAUCGUUUUCGCUUUACCGAAAUUUGGUCCACACGUGUCCAAAGAAAAUGUUAAAUACUCAUUGUAAGUGUGCCAUUUGGUCGUCUUCAAAACAAACGGAAGACUUAUUAAUACUUAUUUACCACCUCUACAAUAAUUACUGCGUGAUGCGUAUUUAUGUAAUGUAAAUUGUAUUUUUGUAAAUAAUUUUUAGAUAAUACAGAAUUAAAUGUAUUAUUUGCCA